UGCUGCGAGAAGGAAACGAGGAAGGUAAACAUCAGCUCUUUGUUCCAGCUGGGAAGAGAGUAACUUCACUGCUAAAACUGAGGGAGUGAGUGCAGCUCCUUUGGAACAGAAUGGAGAAUCCUUAUCUCGGCUCUUCUGCCAGGACAAAGCACCACGAUGCAGCCAGUGCCCCUGCACAGCCUUUCGGAGCUGGAAAGAGCCAGUCUACAAGAGAUCGCUCUAUACCAGCUGCAGGAGAAGCUGCUGCUCAGAGAUCUCAGCCUGGCCAAAGAUGGACCAAAAAGCAGUAAAUCUAUCCGCCAGAAACUGGAAAGCUUUUCGAAGGAGAAGAAAGACUGCUCUCCUCAGACUUUCGGCAUCCCGCUCUUCCAAGUCAUUGCCAAUGACCGUGCCUACAAGCAACUGCAGGAAGCACUGAAGAAGAGUCGCCGGCUCUGCCUGGAAGUGGAAGCAACGGUGACAAGAUUUCGGGCUCAGAGGCAGAAGAAGACCCUGAUGGGCAGGAGCUGUGGCCUGGUACCCUGCGGGGUCUUCCCGGAGGAGCCGCUUUCCCCAGCUUUUCCGAACCAGAGCUUCUGGGGCCAACGAAGGGGGGCAAUGUCUGUGGACUCCAUCACUGACCUGAGUGACAACACUUCUGAGCUGCUGGAAGCACUGCAGUUGUCGCACCCCCACGAGCUGGAUCCACGGAGAAGCCUGGGCAAGAAAAAGAUGCUGAGCCUCAACCCCAUCUCCUCGCAGGUUCCUCGGAUUGUGGACAGAUGUUGCAACCACAUUGAAAUGCACGGUCUCCAAACGGUGGGAAUCUUCCGGGUUGGGAGCUCCAAGAAAAGAGUUCAGCAGCUGAGGGAAGAGUUUGACCAAGGGCUGGAUGUUUUCCUGGACGAGCAUCAAAGUGUUCAUGAUGUGGCUGCUCUGCUCAAAGAAUUUCUUCGGGACAUGCCAGAUUCACUGAUUCCUGGAGAGCUCUAUGGAGCCUUCCUCAGCACAGCCAGCAUGGAUCGUCCGGCGCAGCUUGCCACCCUCCAGCUGCUGCUCUUCUUGCUGCCCCCCUGCCACAGCGACACGCUGCACCGGCUCCUGCGGUUCCUCAGCAAGGUGGCCCAGCAUGCCCAGAGCUCCUGGGGCCCCAACGGCCAGGAGAUUCCUGGGAAUAAAAUGACAGUUGCAAACUUGGCCACAAUCUUUGGUCCCAACAUCCUGCAGAAAGAGAAGCCUGGAGAGAAAGAUGCUGGUGCCAUGAACUUCAAAGACAGCGCUGCCAUCAUACUGGUACUCCAGAAGCUGAUUGAGCACUACCAGACCUUGUUCAUGGUCUCGACAGAAAUGCAGUGUCACAUCCUGAGGAGGCUGUUUCAGACAGACCCCGAUGUCAUCGACUACCUUCUGCGCAGGAAGUUCAACGCCGUGCCGAGCACGGUGAGUGAGGAUUCAGCAGACGACCAUGCUCCACCCCUGCUGCCUGGUCUCACCUGUAACCUGGAGAGCAGCUCAGUCUCCUCAGAGUUGUACAGCAAUGUCUCAUUCCUAAACCUGGACGUUGGCAUCUAGCAAGCCUGGUCCAUGCUCUCUGCACUGACUGCUGUGGACAAAACUGGGCAACUUUUUCCCAGCAAAAAAAGUCCUCUGUCCCACUUGGAGGAGUGGAGAAGUGAAGGUGCCUGUGAGAGCAUCCUUGGUACCAGCAGACAGGCCAAAUUAUUCUGGUGCUGGCAGACCCACAGCAGGAGAGGCAUUUGGAGGUUGCCAGCAGAAAGGCUGUCCAUGUGUGGGUGUGUUGGGAGAUGGCAACCAAGAAACUCCUGUGUUUGUGCAGCGGCUGCACAGGCACAGUGGUGCAGGCAGGGCUGUGUGAAGGCGAGUGAGCCAGAAAGCCACUGCCAUGUGCUGCAGCCUGCUAGUAGCUCUGAAGGGCUGCAGUGACCGCAGCACAGCAUCAUCCUGUCCCCUGCUGCUUCACAGGGCUUUGGGGCUUGAGGUUCCUGUCCUUGGAGCUGUGUGUGACAUCCUGGCUUGCGGUUAGAAUGAUAGAAUGUCCUGAGUUGGAAGGGACCCACAAGGACUAUCGAGUCCAACUCCUGGCCCUGCACAGGACAACCUCGACAUUCACACUGUGGGACUCAGGGCCUUGGCCAAAUGCUGCUGAAAUAUUGUCAGGCUCAGCGCCAUGACUGCUUCCCUGGGAGCUGUUCCAGGGUUUCACCACUCUCUGGGGGAAGAACCUUUUCCUCAUGUCCAACCUAAGCCUCCCCUGGCACAUCUUCCUGCCAUUCCCUCAAGUUCUGUCCUUGGUGGCCAGAGAGAAGAGCUCAGCACCUGCUCCUCCUCCUCCCCUUGUGAGGAAACUGCAGAGCACAAUGAGGUCUCCUUUCGGUCUCCUCUUCUCCAGGCUGAACAAACCAAGUGCCUUCAGCCACUCCUUACACUCUUCCCCUCUAAACCCUUCCCCAACUCCCUGCCCUCCUCUGGAUGCUCUCCAGCACCUUUAGAUCCUUUUUAUCCUGUGGUGCUCAAAACUGCCCCCAGUGCUCACGCUGUGCUGGAUGUACCCCAGGAGACGGUUGCCCCUCUUGGUUGCCAGGGCACUGCUGGCUCUUGUCCAAGUCGCCAUUGACCAGGACCCCCAGGUCCCUUCCCACAGGGCUGCUCUCCAGCCUCUCAUCCCUGGUCUGUCCAUCCAUCCAGGGCUGCCGUGUCCCAGGCAGAACACAGAACUUGCCCUUGUUAAAUUCCAUGUGGCUGGUGAUUGCCCCGCUCUCCAACCUGUCCAGAUCCCUCUGCAGGUCCUCUCUGCCCUCAGCAGCGUCAGUAGCUCCACCCCACUCUCCUGUCAUCUGCAAACUUAGUUAUUAAACCUUCAAGCAGCACACUGGGUGGCAGGGACUGCAGGGUGACUUCAUGGUGUCCCUGUCUGGGGAGGAGAGCAUCUCCCCUCCAAAUUGCCCCCAGCCCCAUGCACUGGGCCAGCAAACUGGUGCAGGCUGGGGAGCAGCAGGCAGUGCCAGACAGCUCACGCCAUGUUUGGUGGGCAUGACUUGGAGCACCAAACUAGACCCCAUCUGGUGUACCUGCAGGCUUCUGCUGGGCUCUUGUGGGGACAGCUGCUUACAGGGACCAGAGGAGCAGCAGCCUGGGGCUGAAAUGCCCUGUGUGGAUGGGGAGGAGACCAGCCUGAGGCAGAAGUGGAUGGAGAUCAUUAGUAGGGCAGGGAGGGUAGAAAACGCAGUUCAACUUUGUGCAAUUGCUGCUUUGGGAUCCCAUUUACUGCGUGUUGUGUCACAGGCUUGUGCGGAGAGAAAGUUCUCUGAGAGCUAUGGGAAUGUCCGUGGGGCUAAUGCAACAGCACCGUCAUGGUAAAGACACCCUGGCUUGCUUUGUUUGAACCCAGGUCUCAACCUGCUUACUUUAUGGACAGAAAACACUAUGUUGACCCCAAAAUGUAUUCACUGGUGUAGUAAGAUGGAAGCAUGUACUCUGAGGAUUAUAACCUUCAAUUUUCCUUGAGUUAAUAUUCAGUAAGUGGAAUUUCUAAUGUGUUUUACAGAUUAUGGUGUCUUUUGAUGAUCUUUGGCGGAGCUAUGUCUGGUUUGGUUUGUUCCCGGAGGUGUUCCUACUACUGUCCCUAAUGCUCUAAGUUCUGGAAGCCACUGCCAGUUAUGUAUUAAGGUACAUUUCUAGAUGGUAGAACAAAAUGAAUGUAAUCAGCAAAUGUAUUCUGUUCUUUUCUUUUCAUUUCCUCUGCCAGACAUGUCCUGGCAGCCCCUUCCAUAGAAACCCCCAUGGGCUGGGUCAUCCCUGGGUGAAAUAGUGGAGUAGAGAGGGAUGCUCAGUGAUAGGAUGAGAGGAAAUGGCCUCAAGUUGUGCCAGGGGAGAUUUAGAUUGGAUAUCAGGAACAAUUUCUUCAUUAAAACAGUGGUGAAGCCCUGGCAGAGGCUGCCCGGGGCAGUGGUGGAGACUCCAUCCCUGGAAGGGUUCAAAACACGUGGCUGUGGCACUUGACAGGGUUUAUCAGGCACGGUGGGGUUGGGCUGAUGGUUGGACUGGAUGAGCUGAGGUGGCUUUCUAAUCUUAAUGAUUCAAUGAUUCUCUGCUCUGGACAACUGUCCCAAGGCACCUUCAGGUGGGCUGGUCCAGUACUUGGAGCCACAGGCAGCACAAUGGAGGGUAAAAAGUCGGUGUGUGUGGAAGGAAAAGACAAAGCAACAGCAAAAGAGAUGUUUGUGAAUUCUGCAUGUGACAUUUUUUAUCAGUCAUUUAUCUUCUCAGCUCAUGUGGUUUAUAAUCUCUUGGCUUGAAAAGUCCAUUGUCAUGUUCAUGGUUUAGGUCUAGCUUCAAAAGAAAUGCAGCUGAAGAGUGCUCACAAGAGGGCAGGCAGGUGGGAAGCUGCUGAGGGCUAUUGUGGGAGGAGAACUGGUGCCCAGAGGAGUUCUGUGUGUAGAGAAUGGGGGCUGGUAUCACUGAAAUCGGGAAAAGAAACUUCUUAACAUCAACUGGGGGGCUUAAGAAGCAGGCAUUCUUUUAACAUGGCACCAAUAUAUGGGGGGAUCAAUCCUCCUAUAAUAUUUGCCAGUGAAUACAAGUAGCAAGUUAUUAUACACUGAAUUUAUUCAUAUGUAUUCUAUUUCUUGUAAAAAUCAUGCAUAUUAAUCACAUUUCCCAAUAUGAAUUAUAAUGUGGGUUCACCCUUUGCACACGCUCCCCACAGUUCUUUCUUGAGUCCAAGAUCACAAAGCAGACCCUGACUCUUGUUCGUUGGCAUCUGACCCCUUUGAACUUCCCACACAAGAUUUGGAAUCAGGGUUAUCUUGACCUCCCAACUUUUUCAGCUCCUGAAGUGCUGGCCAGAUUCUGGUCUUCUGCAGCCCUCAUUGUUUUAGUCCUUAAAUAUUGCCAUACCUGAAGGAUGGGAUGUCAUCCAGAGGGACCUCGACAGGCUGGAGAAGUGGGCCAAGUGUAAGGUCCUGCACCUGGUUCGGGCCAAUCCCCAUUUUCAGUACACUGUGGGGGAUGAUGUGAUUGAAAGCAGCCCUGCAGAGAAGGACUUGCGGUGCUGGUCAAUGAGAAGCUCAACACGAGCCAGCAAUGUGCGCUCACAGUCCAGAAGGCCAACCGUACCCUGGGCUGCAUCAAAAGAAGCGUGGCCAGCAGGGUGAGGGAAGUGAUUCUGUCCCUCUGUUCCUCUCUUGUGAGACCUCAUCUGGAAUACUGUGUCCAUUUCUGGAAUCCUCAAUGUAAGAAAGAUAUGGAGCUGUUGGAAUGGGUCCAGAGGAGGCUACAAAGAUGAUGGGAGGGCUGGAGCGCCUUCCCUAUGAGGACAGGCUGAGAGAGUUGGGCCUGUUCAGCCUGAGAAGAGAAGGCUCAGAGGAGAUCUCACAGCAACCUUACAGUACCUGAAGGGGCUACAGGAAAUCUGGAGGGGGCUGUUCAUAAAGGCUUGUGGGGAUAGGAUGAGGGGCAGAUUUAGACCAGGCAUUAGGAAGAAUUCCUUCACCAUGAGAGUGGUGAGACACUGGCCCAGGUUGCCAAGGGAGGUUGUGGCUGUCCCAUCCCUGGAGGUGUUCAAGGCCAGGUUGAUG